UUAGCUUGUUGCCAUAUACAUAACUUCCUUAUGCUUGUCAUAUUUGAUAGUUGUUAUACACCUUCCUAAAUUUCUUAUAUAUACGCAAAGUUCAGACUCGAAGGUAGUAUAGUUCAAAAAGCAAGAAUACUCCAAAGAUGGAGAUCAAGAAAACCCAAAUUCUUCUUCUCUCAACUCUCUUGCUUUCAUCUUUGGCUCUCAAGAUCCUUGGGAAGAGCCACAGGGAAGCUGACCAUCAACUUUUCAUGGCCAAAUUGAAGCCUAAUUCUAACAUUGAUAAAUCCCACUUCACACCAUUUGAGAAUCCACCUGAGCCUAUGCAAGAUGGGCUGAAAGAGAAGGAUAUCAUUCAGGAAUUGCCCGGACAACCCCCCGUUAUUUUCAAACAGUAUGGUGGAUAUGUCACCAUCAAUGCCACUGCCGGCAGUGCCUUCUAUUAUUACUUCACCGAAGCACAGGAUCCCAAGAAAGCUCAAGAUUUACCCCUUCUCCUUUGGCUGAAUGGAGGUCCUGGCUGUUCUUCACUUGGCUAUGGGGCAAUGCAAGAACUUGGACCAUUCAGGGUUGGUAGCGACGGCAAAACACUGUACAAGAAUCAAUAUGCCUGGAAUCAUGUUGCCAACGUUCUGUUCCUAGAAUCUCCAGCAGGGGUUGGAUUUUCAUACUCCAACGCAACGUCAGAUUUGGAGAAUUGUGGGGAUACAAAAGCUGCUGCAGACAAUUACAUUUUCUUACUUAAUUGGCUUGAGAGGUUUCCUGAGUACAAAAAUAGAGAUUUUUACAUAGCUGGAGAGAGCUACGCUGGCCAUUAUGUGCCUCAAUUAGCACAUAAUAUUAUUUACCAUAACAAGAAGGCCAACAAGACAAUCAUUAAUCUCAGAGGAAUUCUGAUUGGAAAUGCAGCCAUCAAUGAUGAGACAGAUAACAACGGCAUGAUUGAUUUCUUUGCAAGCCAUGCUUUGAUUUCCCUAGAAUCUUCAAGAGAUAUCCACAAAUAUUGUAAUUUCUCAGCGGAUGCCGAAACAUCAGAUGAGUGCAUUAAAAGCGUACAAGAAGCUGGCAACAUGGUUGGAGCUAUUGACAUCUACAAUAUCUAUUAUCCUAUGUGCUUGCACACUAAUCUGACCAGCAUCCCUAAGCCGUUUUCGAUAAUGGAGAUCGAUCCAUGCAGUGAGUAUUAUGUUCAGUCAUACUUUAAUCUUCCUGAAGUACAAGAGGCAAUGCAUGCCAAUUUCACCAAAUUACACUACAAUUGGGAACCGUGCAGUGACGUUAUUAAACACUGGGGAGAUAGUUCAUCAACAGUUCUUCCUCUUAUUAAAGAUUUGAUGGAGAAUGGUAUCCGAGUGUGGACAUUCAGUGGUGAUGUAGAUGGAAGGGUGCCAGUCACUGGAACACAAUAUUCCCUAGAAACCAUGAAUAUUACAGCUUUAAAUUCUUGGCGUCCUUGGUAUCGUGAUGGGGAGGUUGGUGGAUAUGUUCAAGAUUACAAGAAUAAUUUAACAUUUGCAACAGUUAGAGGUGCUGGUCACCAAGUACCAAGUUACAGACCUGAUCGAGGUCUUUCACUAGUUUCAAACUUUGUAACAGGGACUCCACUCCCUGAAAAAUGAUUAUACAAAUAGAUAAUAGAUUAUCACAAAACUCUUUCAUUGGGGAUUUAACUCAAUAUGUUUCUUUUUCAUUGACCCAAAAUUCUAGUCAUGGCAAAAGUACACAACUUGCUCGUCA